AUGCCAGACAUUCCUGGGCUCGAAGGACUAUCCUCGCAACUUGGCAAGGACGUUCCCGUCGUUCGCCCGGAGAUGCAGCUUUGGAUGCCUUGCACGAUUUUUGCGAACUGCAUACCCUCCCGCUACCGGUGGAACCUGUCCGAGGACGGCCGGUGCCCAACAAAAGGUACCAAUGUAAAGGAAGGUCAGCUGGAGGCCAACGGGGCGUUAACGCUGGUCUCAGGCUUCAAUUCUGGCCACUCCUGGAGGUCCUUCGUGCAAGAAACAGGAUUUGGUCAUCGGAAAGAUGCGUCCCUAGUUGGCUCGCUGCGAAUCGAUUAUCUGAUGCAUGAUUGCCGGGCGACUCCCCAAGAACGGAGUUUCUUCCACCAGACGAUCGUGCGGGACGGUGAAAAGCCUCGUCGACCGGUGGAAAGCUGGUUGUUGCUAGGUAGGACAUGGCCUACCGGUAUCUCAAAACUCGGAGUGCUCGCCGCGAGAUGGUGCCUCCUCAACGUAGGGGCCUAG